AGAGAGAUCAAAUUCAUUCUUGAUUUUACUCUUUCAAGACCCUGUGCAAUCAGAGCAGUUGCUUACGGGAAAACAGCAAAUAAAUAAGCAUUUGAAGAUGACAACCUCAUGGAGCGACCGACUCCAGAAUGCAGCAGAUCUCCCUGCAAACAUGGAUGGGCAUGCUCUGAAAAAGUACCGCCGGGAAGCCUAUCACCGGGUCUUUGUGAACAGAAGUUUAGCUAUGGAGAAAAUAAAGUGCUUUGGUUUUGAUAUGGAUUAUACUCUUGCUGUGUAUAAAUCCCCUGAAUACGAAUCUCUUGGAUUUGACCUGACCGUAGAAAGAUUAGUUUCCAUUGGAUACCCUCAUGAGCUGCUCAAUUUUGUGUAUGAUCCUGCAUUCCCUACCAGAGGCCUGGUGUUUGAUACCCACUAUGGAAACCUGCUGAAAGUUGAUGCCUAUGGGAACCUCCUAGUGUGUGCACAUGGCUUUAAUUUCCUCAGAGGGCCUGAAACACGGGAUCAAUAUCCAAAUAAAUUUAUCCAGAGGGAUGACACAGAUAGGUUUUACAUUCUGAACACGUUAUUCAAUCUACCAGAGACCUACCUAUUGGCUUGCCUAGUGGAUUUCUUCACUAACUGUGACCGGUAUACUAGCUGUGAAACAGGAUUUAAAGAUGGAGACCUCUUCAUGUCCUUCAGAAGUAUGUUCCAGGAUGUCAGAGAUGCUGUUGACUGGGUUCAUUACAAGGGAUCGCUCAAGGAAAAGACCCUUGAGAAUCUGGAGAAGUACGUGGUGAAAGAUGGGAAGCUGCCACUGCUGCUCAGCCGCAUGAAUGAAGUUGGGAAGGUGUUUCUUGUCACAAACAGCGACUAUAAAUACACAGACAAAAUUAUGACUUACUUGUUUGACUUUCCACAUGGACCAAAGCCUGGGAGCGCCCACCGGCCAUGGCAGUCCUACUUCGACCUGAUCCUGGUGGAUGCACGAAAACCCCUCUUCUUUGGGGAAGGCACCGUGUUGCGGCAGGUGGACACGGUGACUGGGAAGCUGAAGAUUGGUACCUACACUGGCCCACUGCAGCAUGGCAUCGUGUACUCAGGAGGCUCUUCGGACACAGUCUGUGACCUGUUGGGGGCCAAAGGGAAGGACAUCUUGUACAUUGGAGACCAUAUCUUUGGAGACAUCCUCAAAUCCAAGAAGCGCCAGGGCUGGAGGACCUUCCUGGUGAUCCCUGAGCUGGCGCAGGAGCUGCACGUCUGGACAGACAAAAGCGCCCUUUUUGAAGAGCUGCAGAGCCUGGACAUUUUCUUGGCCGAGCUAUACAAGCAUCUGGACAGUAGCAGCAAUGAACGCCCUGACAUCAGCUCCAUCCAGAGACGCAUUAAGAAAGUGACCCACGACAUGGACAUGUGCUAUGGGAUGAUGGGGAGCCUCUUCCGCAGCGGCUCUCGGCAGACCCUCUUUGCCAGCCAGGUGAUGCGCUACGCUGAUCUCUAUGCAGCCUCCUUCAUCAACCUCCUCUACUACCCCUUCAGCUACCUCUUCAGAGCCGCCCACGUCCUGAUGCCACACGAGUCCACGGUGGAGCACACGCACGUCGACAUCAACGAGAAGGAGUCGCCGAUGGCCACGCGCAAUCGCAGCUCGGUGGAUUUCAAAGAUUCUGACUACAAGCGGCAUCAACUGACCCGGUCCAUCAGCGAGAUCAAACCGCCCAACCUCUUCCCCCAGGCACCUCAGGAAAUCACACAUUGCCACGAUGAAGAUGACGAUGAGGAAGAGGAAGAGGAGGAAGAAGAGGAGGAAGAGGAAGAGGAGUAAGAAGGAAAAAGCAAAGCAUCUCUGAAGACAAACCGUGACUCUAGCAGUGAUCAGGAGCGAAUUCCUUUGUUGGGGCCCUUGGGGUGAUGGGUUGGGGGGGGGUGUUGAUUCUUGCAAAGGCACAUUUUGAAAGCGUUCGGAAACUUUUAACAAAUUAACACUAAUUAGGAGGAGACCCUUGUUUUCAGUUUUGCAGACGGUUCAAAAAGCUGAUGGGUUCUGCCUGGGUGGUGUGUUCAGGUCGGACUGCCCGCCCGCGCGGUCGUGCCGCUCCCGUUACAUUCAGGGAGGCUGCGUGUUUCUCCCUCUCCCGUUGUGUUUCAUUCGAUUGUCGUUUGAACGGCGUCCCGUGAACGGUUCUUUUUGCCAUUUGUUACAUUUGUUGUGGAGAAGGAAGGGAUGUGCUGGGCCCCGCAGGAGAACAAAAUGAUCCCAAUCCUCCUGCCCGUUGGGUUGCUGCCCUUAACUCUCUGCUUCUGGGUUACAAAGUGCCCCCUCCCCGUGUUAGCCAGGGUGUUGCUGCAGCUUCCAGCCUUCCGUUUCCCCUCUGCUUGGCGUGAGUUUCUCUUUGUGAGCGGUGUGAUUCCUCCGGCCAUCAGUCACAGAUGGUGGUGGGAUUCCAGCUCUCCUGUAUCUGCAGCUGUACAUGUGUUGCCUUGUAGACGCUCGUUGCCCUCUCCCAGUGUUUUCAGAGCUCUCUCUCAUCAUGGGCACGUGGUGCAUGGCUUCCCAACGCCUUUCUCAACCCGCCGAGCCGCACGCUGUGUUCUCCACUCCCCUAGUUUCAGCAGUAAAUAUUAACCCAGGAGCUUGAAGCUACCGCUUUAGCGCUACCGUUAGUUGGUUUGUUUUCCUCCCGCCUGUUACUGACCUUUCUGCUCGCUCAGCUUUAAGAAAGUGAAGCGCCCCAGAGACAAACCCAGCCACCACCUGGAGCGAAAGGGGCUGUUAUUCCGCCGUGCUCCGGGGCCACGCGUGGCUGCCCCAAGCUGGGAGAUGGCACGUGCCACGGGGCCGGGCUGGAAACUGCCUUUGGGCUGGAAAAUGCCCUUUUGGCUUUGGCCUGGCUCGUGGCAAGCUGUGGUGGGCAAAGCUGCGUCCCCGGCCAAGGGCUGCCGUGUGGGGACCAGGGGUGGCCGAGGGUGCCCUGCGGGGAUGGGCAAGCAGUCCUUUGUGCCUGAAAGCCAGCCCGGGGAAGGCGUGGGGCCUGCGUGCCCUGUGGGUUUCCUCCGUGUCGUGGAGGUGUCAUCUCCUCCCUUACUCCAGCCUGUGCCGUUCGCUGUGAAGGGAUUACGAGGGCCCUCUUGUAACGAAUUCGACUGUUGUUUCAGCACCAUAAACUCAUUUAAUCUUUUUUUUUUUUUUUUUCCAUUUUAAAGUACCUUAGGAGAAAAUAAAAAACAAAACAAGCAAACAAACAAACAAAAAAA